AUGACUUCAGAAAUUACAAGUCUAGAGUUGUCUCUUGCGAAAGAUAUUGUUCCUGAUUAUUUUGGUGGUAGUAAAGAUCUUUUGGAUUUUGUCACAAAGACAGACCAAUUUAUAGAAUUGCUGAGAAAGCCGGGUCCAAAUUGUGUGUUCAAUAAAUUGCUUUUUCAUAAUAUUAUCGCAAAAAUCAAAGGCGAUGCUAGAGAUUUAUUGAAUAACAGUUCCUGGGUUACUUGGAAGGAUGUCAAAGAGAUUCUUGUUAAUAGAUUCGGUGAUAAAAGAAAUGAAUCUUGUUUAGCUUACGAACUUUCUCGCAUGCAUCAGAAUAACAAAGAAUCUUAUCAACAGUAUUACGAUCGAAUAAACGAACAAUUGCAAAAAAUGUUGCAACAGGUAAAAUUAACUUCGCCUCCUGAACUAUUUCAGAUAAAAUCAGAAAUGUACUGUGAUCAGGCUUUAAAACGCUUCAUUUUUGGAUUGAAGGAUCAGUAUGACGCUUUGCGUAAAAUUCAAGAGAUGGAAAACUUUUGGUAUGAGCGUUCUUUGACCAAUUUCAUGAGAGAUAAAGACGAACCCCAACGCAAAAAUGGUCAGUUUACCAAACCAGUACCAAAUCAGAGGGGAAAUAAUUUCAAUAAUAGCUUCCAAAAUCAGUUUAGGCCACAAUUCCAAUUGUCACCACCCAGAGUUGGUCCACCCAGACCAAACAAUUUAACUCCUCGGCCGCAACUAAGUCAGCCACAGUUAAUGCCAAAUCGUUUUCCAAAUUCAAAUCAACAAAUUUCUAGGAAUACCCAACCUAAUAAGCCAACACCUAUGUCCAUCGAUGGUAGUAAUUAUCGCCCAAAUAAUUCUAUAAGACAGCCGUAUCGCCCCAACUUUUUUCAACAAACAAGCCGUCCAAAUGUGAUUGUGGAAGAGCUCCAUAAUCAGGAGACUGAAGGCUCUGAAUUUCCUGAUCAAUACGAUAACUAUUUUUCUGAAGCUCGGUACGUUGAUCAGCAAGACUUUGAUUACUUGGAAAGUGAGGUAUCUACUUUUGAAAAUGAUAGUGCCCAGGUUGGAAAUUUUCCAAUACCAGCCUCGGAACCGAAUCAGUCGACUUAA